CUAUCUCUGAACCGUUAGCGGCCUGGUGAUACCCUGAAAUGAAAGACAGCAGUAUACUCAUGACUCAUUACUCACUGCUCAUAAACAAACGUGUUGAUUUUACCCAUGAUUUUACUCAUGACUCGCUACUCAUUACUCACUACCCACAGAUAAAGGUGUUGGUUUCAGCUCUCAUUCACUGCCAGGACAGACAGAGGAACACCAUGGCCCGACUGGAGGAUGAGUUCUCAUGGCAGCCACCCUCAGAGUCUGAGCUGAAGGUGAUUGAGGCGCGGCGGGAGAGGAACAACAAGAUAUCCUCCAUCAUGGGCCAGUACCUGCUCAAGGGGUACAAGAUGCUGGCUGUCACCUGUGCCGUCUGUGAUUGUGUGCUGAUGGAGGACCGUCUCAAGAACAAGUACUGCAUUGGCUGCCUGGAGGUAGAUGCAGAUACAAAGAAGGAUAAUCCUGCUGUGAGUGAGGAGGCUGCCCGUAGGACUGUCCAAGAGAUCCAACACAGACACAGUGGGGAGGAUCAGGCCCACACUUCUGCCACAUCCCCCUCUCCCUCCACCUCAUCCUGCCAGGUGCCUGUCACCACCCAGUGUGUUGCCACCUCCACCACAACCAUUACUGGCUGCCAGAAACAAUGUGCAAAGAAAACAUUAACAGUUCAUGGCAUGGACCUGUCGGAGAAUGCAGGGGAGGCAGUGGCUGCACUGCGAGACAAGCUGGCGUGGGCGACAGAGCAGCUGAGUGCCACCACCAGCAUCCAUGAGGCACAAAACUUGGCAGGUCUCAUUACAGAAACAUGCAAGGCCAUAACUGCACUCAAAGAAUUGUAGGUGUAAUUUUCCUAAAACUUCCCUCCAUAAUAUAUGUGAUGCAAUAACUGUCUUGGUGGAGGUGUGUCACUCCAGCACCACCACAAGGGUAGUCCUUGAUGUUUGCUGCCAGUCCCAAGACAUCGUUUCCUGUUCUUUAAUGACUUGGGCACAGCAAUAGCAGCAGCAUUUCCUACGGCUUUGUUUAGCUUUAACCAAUGAUCGUUCAAACACAGCAGAACACGGACAUGAUGCAGGUAGUGUGGGUAGAUAGCUGGUAGCAAAAAUAUGUGUAUUUUUUAUACAAUUCAAAUUUUCCUUCACAAGCAAGAUGGCAUCCAGGAAAAGGGAACAGAGUGGCAAAAGACAUACUUUUUACAAGAUUAAGAUAUGAAAUAAAAGCCAUAAAGUCUGAAAAAAAAUAUAAAAGAAAGCAUUGAAGUAAAUAAGCAAAAUUAGAAGACUUACUUCUGGUCUUUGCAUUUUGUGAAAAUAAAUUAGUUGAGGAAGAGUUUUCAAACAUCUGCCUGCAUUACUGUAAGUUGCCUUCCCAUGUGCAAAGAAAACAGACAUUUACAUGUGGUACUUCAAAUUCCAGUGGAUACAAUGAAUAAUGUGGCAGCAGUAGACAAAUGUAUGAAUCUCAAGUGUUUGAAUCACCAUCAAGUGUCAGCUAGGCUCAUCAUACGAUAAAGUUACAUGCAAUAACAAUGACGCUAUUUUUGGGUGGACAGUUGUUGCUUCCACAGUAUUCAGUCACACAUCACAGAUUGAUACUCUGAUGGGCCAGCAGUGCUCUCCACAUGUGGAUAUGUAGGAAUUAGUGUGAGAUGCAAUGAUCCUGUUUAGGGAAGGAAGAUAAGGCUCGGUUCUUUGCACCACCCACAACAGGAUUGGCAUUUGCCUUCACGAGUGUGCUUGGUGUCAGCUUGGCAGUCUAUGAUGUGUAUUUUGUGUUGCAUGGGUUUGUUAUUAUAAAUGUUGCAGUCCCUCCCACUGUUCACACCCAGCCUUAUGAACUGAUUCCAGCCUUGCAGAGAUGAGUCAUUACUUUGGCCACGUUGGUGAUGCAGCCAUUCACAGUGAUAAACCUUUAAAGUAUUAAUGCUUGUAGGAACUUGUGAAAAUGCAGACAUUGGUAGUUCAUGCAUUUAGGUCAGAGUGAGUUAAAUGUAUGAACAUCAGAGUUAUGCAGGUCAUCAGUGUGACUUAAGCAGCAUGGUGUGGUUUCCCACAUCUCUGGCCAGCACUUGUCCCUGCACGGGUGGCCCACACUGCCACACCAAGCCUUGUGCUCAGGAGUUUCAUGAUGUACUUAAUUGCUAAUCAGGAAUAUUUGUAUUUUAAAAUCUGCAAUGAAGAUUGAUGUACUUUUUAUUAAGAAUGCUAAAUACAUAGACAUGGAAAAAUCCAAAUAAAGUUUGAUUAUUGUGAUGCUCUGUGGAUGCUUAAGAAAGGCUUGCUUUACUGAAAAUAAACCCUUUAGCAAAUGAAAA